CCUGUAGCUCGUCUGUGACGAAAACGUUCAAACUACAAUGUAAUCGGUAAUAGUUCCGCGGACGAAUACAUGGCGCUAAAAUCUACACCAUGGAACGUGAUAACAUAGAUAGGAAUGCGAUUUUUUUGUAAGAUCUCUCAAGAAGCAAGAGCAAGUUGGGCAGUUUAUUUCGUACACUGUAGUGUGUGUGUGUGAGUAAAGCGAGCGUGCGGAAACAGUGUGGCUGUGCUCUCUAUAUACAUAUGUAUAUAUAUUUAGAUAUGUGGGCAGUAGACAGAAUGUACUUGUAGACGUAAUGGCUGACUAGUGCUGUUAUCACACAUAGAGGGAGACGAUCUCAUGAAUUUCAUUCACGAUUAGUCAAACAAAGUUAUACUUUGUAUUCUACUAAGGGGUAAACAUCGAUGGGAAGCUUUAUGAUUUCAAUCGGAAGCUAAUAACUGGCCAAACAAGUUUAUUGGUUAAACGGAGUUCCAUAGCUUUCAAAAGUUUGAGGAAAAUAUGAAGUUAUAUUUAAGGAUGUAAAGAUGAGGGAUAAAAUUUCAUGAAACACGGGCGUUUGUCAUGCGACUCUUUACCAGCCGAAUCAAUGGAGACACAUUGCCUAAGGAAAAGAGAAUAUCUUCGGUCGCAAUGCGUCUACGGGAACGUAUUUUGUUCUUCUUUUUUAAACUAAUUAUAUUUCGGCAAUUGUCUGGUGUGUUACAUUGAAUUUUUAUACGUUUUAUCGAUAAUAUCUGACAACAUGAUCCACAUACCAAGUGCAUACACAUACAAUUUUUGGGCAAACUCGCUCACCGAAGUCGUUCAAUUGUUCUGUUUAAUGCCAAAUGGAGUCGUUAUACCGUUCGAAACUAAUUGUAACAUUACUUUGGCUGAAAUAAAAGAGGAUCUGUGGGACGAAGCCAGUAAAUAUCCUCUUCAUGGCACGUUGAAAGAUGCUCCAUCCUAUGUAUUUUUAUGUAUUAAUUCUAACGCCGAAACAGAGGAGCUGCGGGACGAGAGCAGACGUUUAUGCGAUAUAAAGCCAUUUUGCUCUUUGCUGAAAGUAAUAGAGCACGAAGGCGUGAAAAGCGAUAGAAAUUUAGAUUCGCAAAUUGGUGUAUUAAUUGGGAAAGGAUUACACGAGUUCGCAGCUUUAAAGAAUUCCGAAGUAAACGACUUCAGAUGGAAAAUGCGAAUGUUGGGAGAUGAAGUUGCAGUGGCAAGACGGAAAAAGUCUUGGAUGGAAAAAGUACGUUACCAAUUUCCUACACGAUUAGCACCCACUGCUGCAAUACCAAAAAAUAUUGAAUGUCGUUUAAAGGAUGGCAAUAUCGUUCUUGUUACAAAAUUUGAAAACACAGAGACGGCGUUCACGUUCCAGAUGUCGCACACCAUGACGCCGUAUCAGCUGUUGGUGUCAAUAUUGAACAAACGGGCCAACACGUUGAUGUCGCGCGGCCAUCCGAACGACUUCACGCUAAAAGUUUGCGGACAGGAGGAGUAUCUGAUAGGGGACUAUCCCCUUAUACAGUUUAGUUACAUUCAGGAUUGUUUGGCGAAAGAUAUUCUACCGACGUUGGUCACGUUGAGCAGAGACAGCGUGUGCGUCGAUCAGGAGAAUGCCGUCGAGAACGCGGACGCAGCGGAUGGUUCGCAACGCGCCAGACCCUUUCCUCCGCCGACCCUACGUAAAAAGGGUAAACUGAUAUCCGCCUGGAAGAUAGAGGAACCGUUCAUUUUCACUGUGAAUGGAAUAUCACGGUUAAACUGCGACGCCGCGCAUCGCACUGUCGAGAUCGGGCUUCAAGCUGGACUUUUUCAUGGUGGAAAGUCGCUGUGCGAAAGCCAGAAGACGAAAGAGACCGUUGUCAACGCGGAUGGUAGUUGUGAGUGGGAAGAGACAUUGAGAUUCGACAUUAAAGUGCGAGAUAUACCGCGGAUGGCUAGGCUGUGCUUGGUUUUAUACGAGAUAAGCAAAACCGCGAAAGGACUGAAAAGCCGUAGGCUGGUUAAAGACACGAAACAAGAGUUUUUUAUAAAUCCGUUAUGCUGGGCCAACACGACUAUAUACGACUUCAAGUCCCAAUUGAAGACCGGGGCGAUGACACUUUAUACGUGGACGUACGCGGAGGACAUGCAAAACGACGAUCUGUUACAUUCCCUUGGAACGGUAGUGUCGAAUCCUCAUAUUGAUAGAGCAGCUGCUCUAAUGUUAACGUUUCCAAAUUACGGAAAGGACAAGUCCGUUCUGUACCCGACACCGGAGAAAAUGGUCGAGCACGCGAGGAAGUUGCGCGAAUCGUCCGCCGAACGAUCAAUCCAAGAGGAGCCGGAUCAAGACUCGGACGUUAGCAAGCUCCAGCAACUCGAACAGCUGCGCCUGUUGGCGGACAGGGAUCCGUUGCACGAGCUGCACGAGCAAGAACGAAAGAUCAUGUGGACGUUGCGGCAUCAUUGCCUCCACGAGAUCCCCACGCUCUUGGCGAAAUUAUUGCAUUGCGUAGAAUGGAACGAUUAUAGCGAAGUGGCCGAGGCUACAGCGUUGGUCCAACAAUGGCCGAAAUUACCGGUCGAGAAAGCCCUCGAGCUACUGGAUUACGCUUACGCGGACCAGAAUGUCCGAAGCUUCGCCGUGCGUUGUUUAAUGGACGUCAGCGACGAAGACUUAAGUUUGUAUCUACUCCAGCUGGUGCAAGCCUUGAAACACGAGAAUUACCUGUCCUGCGAUUUGACUGAGUUCUUGCUGAGACGCGCCCUAAACAAUCGGAGGAUCGGUCAUUUCCUGUUCUGGCAUCUUAGAUCGGAAAUGCAAGUCGGCGCGGUGUCCGUUCGCUUCGGUUUGAUAUUGGAAGCCUACUGUCGAGGAAGCCAGCAGCACAUGCGAUCGCUGUUCAAGCAAAUGGAGUGUCUGGGGAAAUUGAAGUGCGCUUCCGACCAUAUAAAGCAACGGAAAGACCGUAAAGCUGCCCUGCAAGGUUUCCAGGAGUUCAUUCAACAGCCCCACUGCCAGGAAGCACUUUCGAACGUGUUGAACCCGUUGGAUCCGAGUUUCCGGUGGAAGCGUAUCAAAAUGGAGAAGUGCAGAGUAAUGGACAGCAAAAUGCGGCCGCUCUGGCUAGUAUUUGAAAAUACCGAUCCAUUCGGCGACGACAUCUAUUUAAUACUGAAGCACGGGGACGACCUGAGGCAAGACAUGCUGACGCUUCAGAUGUUACGGAUCAUGGACAAACUGUGGAAAAGGGAGGGCCUGGAUUUACGAAUGAAUCCUUACGGUUGCAUAUCGACGGAGAACAGAGUUGGAAUGAUCGAGGUGGUCCUGAACGCGGAAACGAUAGCGAACAUUCAGAAAGAGAAGGGGACGUUCUCGGCGACCGCUGCGUUCAGGCGGGGUUCCCUGCUCGCCUGGCUGAAAGACCACAAUCACACGGAAGCGGCGUUGAACAAAGCUAUCGAGGAGUUCACGUUGAGCUGCGCGGGUUACUGCGUGGCCACGUACGUCCUGGGGAUCGCGGAUCGACACUCGGACAACAUAAUGGUGAAGAAGACCGGACAACUGUUCCACGUUGAUUUCGGCCACAUACUCGGGCAUUUCAAAGAGAAAUUCGGAUUCAGGCGUGAACGCGUGCCUUUCGUGUUAACCAACGAUUUCGUCCACGUGAUAAAUAAGGGUCAAACGAAGAAAGGCCAAGCGGUCGAGUUCCAGCGGUUUCAGAGCCACUGCGAGCAGGCUUUCCUCGUGCUGCGACAACACGGCGGCCUGAUACUGUCAUUGUUCGCCAUGAUGAUCUCGACGGGAUUGCCCGAAUUAUCUUCGGAGAAGGACCUCAACUACCUACGGGACACAUUAGUACUCGAAAUGUCCGAGAGCGAAGCACAAAAGCAUUUUAGAAGCAAAUUCGACGAAGCCCUUUGCAACUCGUGGAAAACCUCGUUGAACUGGGCGUCCCACAACAUGUCGAAGAACAACAAAACGACGUGAAUCGGCACGAGCGGAGCGAAGGCAAAAGACAUCAAGAAAGCCGGAGUGAAAGAACAGAAGAGGCAGGGUAGAAUAGGGUACGAGUGAACUCGAUGGACGUACACAAUUUCAAAACACGCCCGUCGCGUCGUCUUGCCGUCAAAUGGUAACAAGCAAACGAAACGUCCCCCCAGCCACGGGGGACCCUUAGCGAAGAACAAAACUAUUCGAUCCAGAAUCCAACGAGAGGUGUCCGAGAAAAAGCGUGUCACGAUUGAUUCGUCGUUACCGCCAGUCAUCGUCGAUCGCACCGGUUCCCUCUCUGUCGCGCGACACGACGGAUCGGCAAGGUACGCGUGCGUCGCGUUCGAACACUCGCUUCAUCUUUGUCCCCGGUUUACCCUGUGGAACCAUAGAUCGUAACGGGAAACGGUGGCAGAAUACGUAUACGGUACAUAUCAUUGAUUGACAUUGCGGAUUCCUGAAAAGAAUGUACGCGGCCGUUUCUUUGCUAGAAAAUGUUUCAGGGUAUUACCGUUUCUCGCGUCAGAUUAUCGCGGCGUCGUGAUCCCGCCGAUGCCACGAGACACACCCCCUCCCGGUACGUUUCGACUGAAAUCGAAAGCAUACAGAACACAACGGAAGAGAACAUUGAAGAAUCAUCGAAAUUUCAGAUGCUUGAAAUACUAUUGUACUAAUAACAAU